AAAAAGACGAGGUGACUCAGCUAGGUAGACCAAUUUCGGGUGUAAAAAGAGAAGUUGCUUUCUUCUCCCUCCUUAAAAGUCACCAAGCAUAUAUAUACGCUCACAUGGUCAUGUUACUAUUUGAAAGGUCCAUAUAGAAUGGUAGGGGUCUAAAGGAAGAGAGUGAACAAAGUGAGAAGAAGUAGUAGUAGAAGAAGAAGAAGAAGAAGAAGAGAGAGAGAAAGAGAGAGAGAGAGAGAGAGGUGAAAGUUAGCUAUGGGGAGACCUCCUUGCUGCGAUAAAGUUGGCAUCAAGAAGGGUCCAUGGACCCCUGAGGAGGACAUUAUUUUAGUUUCUUAUAUCCAAGAACAUGGUCCUGGAAAUUGGAGAUCAGUUCCUACUAAUACUGGAUUGCUAAGGUGCAGCAAAAGUUGCAGGCUUAGAUGGACUAAUUACCUAAGACCAGGAAUCAAGAGAGGUAAUUUCACACCCCAUGAAGAAGGAAUGAUUAUUCACUUGCAAGCUUUAUUGGGUAACAGAUGGGCUGCAAUAGCUUCAUAUCUUCCACAAAGAACAGAUAAUGAUAUAAAGAACUACUGGAACACCCACCUAAAGAAGAAGCUAAAGAAGUUUCAGUCAGCUUUAGACCCCAUGGCAGCAGCACCAGAAGCUUCAACAGCUAGUUUUAUGUCAAAGAGUUUUAGUGAGAAAUCAAGAAGCUUAGAUUUGAGUCCUAAUUCUUCUUCAACUAUCAAGCUCAACCACCAGAUUGCCUCCAGCUCUACCUCCACCUCCACCACCACCAUCACCACUAUGACCACCGCUUCUUAUGCAUCAAGCACUGAAAACAUUUCGCGGCUUCUUGAAGGUUGGAUGAGGCCAUCUCCAAAGCCCAACGAUCAUGUCAUCAUCAAAGAGAAAUGGAGCCAGAACGAUGGCAGCAUUGGAGAUAACUUAGUGGCUACAACUUCUCUUCAAUGUUAUAGGCCAAAAGCGGAUGAAGAAAAUGGCCGCGGCGGUGGCGGUGGCGGUGGCUGUAGUAGUAUGGGUGGUGGUGAUUUGAUUUCUCAUGAAGAGUUUGAGUCAAUCUUAUCAUUUGAGAAUUUGAACAAUGUUGCAUGGGACCAUAAAUCUACUAGUGAUUCUACAACAGUUGCUACGAGUGCUAGUACUAUAAAGGGUUGUCAUCAAGAGUCUUCUGCAAGUGAUCAUCAAGAAAAAGAGAAUGUAACAGCAGGAUUCACUGAGAACAAGAAGCAGAAAUCUGAUCAAAAUAAUAAUCCUCCAUUGUCAUUUCUUGAGAAAUGGCUCCUGGAUGAAAGUGGUACUGGUCAAGUAGAAGAAGAAUCUAUGGAACUGUCUCCAAUAUUCUAAUCAUGUCAUUGUCCUUCUCUUUAUUAUUAUUAUUUACCCUUUUUUUCUUUUUUCUUUUUAUGAAGUCUGAGCUACAAAUCAAUGGGCAAUAAUGCUCCAACAGAACCCAAAAAAAAAAAAAAAAAAAAGAAGGUUCUAAUCUUUUAGCUGAGAGAUUCUAAAAAGUUGGGAUCUCUUAAUUUUCAAGUGUAAUUAACUUCGUAGUUUCUUGCAGAUGAAUUACAUUUGUCUUCGAAAUAAACUAAGCACUUCACUUCA